GCCUGAGGCAUGCCUACGUCCAGCCUCGCCCAUCGACCUCACGCAGCAACACGCAGCUCCCGGGUUGCCUGAAGCUCUGAUCUCAAGGCCCCAAACCACAUCCCGCCAUCGUCAUCCACCACCAAAGCUUCCCGACGACCAAACCACUUUCCGCCAACCUGCACUCCAUCACGAAUCCCUCCCGUUGCCGGCCGUCCUACGCCGUCCUUUUGACAACAUAACCACGUUUCCCCAAUACUCCGAGCUCUAAUUCACAAUGACGUCGAUAGGCACAGGUUAUGACCUGAGCAACUCCAUCUUCUCUCCCGACGGCCGCAACUUCCAGGUCGAGUACGCCGUCAAGGCUGUCGAGAACGGCGGCACAUCCAUCGGCAUUCGCUGCAAGGACGGUGUCGUUCUCGCCGUCGAAAAGGUCAUCGCCUCGAAGCUAUGGAAGCCCAACGCUAACAAGCGUAUCGCCACCAUUGACAGGCAUCUCGGUGCUGUCUACUCAGGCAUGAUUCCCGACGGCCGCCACUUCGUCGACCGCGCCCGCGAAGAAGCCCGCGGCUGGCGCGAGACCUUCAAGACCCCCAUCUCCACCGCCGACCUCGCAGCUCGCAUGGGCGGCUACCUCCAAGCCUACACCCUCUACUCCUCCGUCCGCCCCUUCGGCAUCACCGCUAUCGUCGGCGGCUUCGACCCCUCGACCGAGUCCCCCGUUGACGGCGAGGUCGGCUCCGGCCCUAAGGUCGGUGCUGGCGGCAAGGACACCUCCAAGAAGCACGGCGGUCCCUUCCUAUACAUGAUCGAGCCCUCGGGAUCCUACUGGGGCUACUAUGGCGCCGCCACCGGCAAGGGCCGUCAGGCCGCCAAGGCCGAGCUCGAGAAGCUCGACCUUGCCGAGGGCGGGCUCACCCUCAAGGACGCCGUCAAGGAGGCCGCCCGCAUCAUCUACGUCGCCCACGACGACAACAAGGACAAGGAAUUUGAGCUCGAGAUGAGCUGGAUCAGCGACAUUGACGGCCCUACCAAGGGUCGCCACGAGGAGGUGCCCAAGGACCUGCGCGAGGAGGCGGAGCGGUUAGCAAAGAAGGCGCUCGAGGGCGACGAUGACGACGACGAGGACAAGAAGGAUGACGACAAGAUGGAAGAGUAGAUUCUCUGAUGACGGGUCGAGGAUGACAGGGGCUGAGGCUGGAUUGCUCGUGGUAGCAACCGAGGCAUUACGACAGAGAGACGAAUCAAAAGAUAAAAAAAAGAUCUGUCAAAACACACACGACGGCAGCCCUGCUUCGGGGUGGUACCUUGACGGCCUCUUUUGUGUAAUUGUAAAAACACCACGAUAAGGGCUAUGGCAGCAGCAUCAUAGACUUAUCAGACCGGAUUCGGGCACAUCAGUUCCAAGGAUUGCUCGUCUUGCGGUAUGCCUACUAACCAACAUGACCAUCCAUGAUAAACUCACUUGAAUGGAAAGUGACGUGGUUUCACUGGCGUAACGAGUACACUUGGUCUUUUGGGUGGUGGCCAGCACCGAUUGCGACACAGGGAGCCAGAUAGCAGAGGGCCAAGUACGGGUGAUUGUCCGCCAAACGCAGGAGAGAGGAUGAAAGGGAAUAGGCAUUUCAGCAGUUUACUCACCGAACAACGAAGAAAGAGCUUACGGCAG